AAAUUUCUUUCCACUUCCUUCACAAAGUACAAAGUAGGUAAAAUUGAUAAUCGUAAACAAGGAAUAUUACUACAUCCACCGUUAUGAAUUUAAUAUAAUAGGUACUAUUAAAUUGAACAGAAGAUGGACGACUUGUUGCGUUAAUCAUGCCCUGACCACAGACUUCAAACCACUCCCAUCAUGCCGUUAACGUGAAUCAAUCAGAUGUCUUUGGACUAUACCCGGCUGUACGAAAUCAACCAGUUGCUCAAUCUCUCAAGAGCUCUAUCCAGGUGUGCCCAAGUCUGAGACUGCGAGAGUGAGCAUGCGGCGUCGGUCCCCGGGCUGCACCCGGCCCAGCAGGCGAGACGAUGGCGAUUCCUGCGUUUGUGGAUUAUACGAUAUUAUUUCACACUACAAAUCCACCAUUUUGUUUAUUUUCUUCAUUGGUUUGUUAGGCUGCUGUUGUUCGACGAAAAUUAAAACCGGUGAAGCUUCAGGGGAUCGUUCCUUUCCAAUUCGCAUUCUUAUAUCCAUGCUCAAUCUCUGUGCGUGUGCCGUGGGGUUCGGUGUCCGGCUCAUUGUAUCAAUACUGUUCUGUAUCGGAAAAAAUCUUCCAGCCCUCUGCAGUGAGUGUCUCACUAUGGCCAAAGAUAAACAUAAAUUAACAGAAAAUCAAUUACCAAUAAAAAGCGAUUUACCAGAUAUAGAAAACAAGAAAGCAUCGAAGAUGAUGUAUGAAAGAAAUGAACAUCUACCAAGAAAUCAAACCCUUGAAAAUGAUUAUAAUACAUCCUUACCUUUACUGGAAUAUACAGCUUACUGCUCAAAUGAUACUGGUGAAGUCGAACGAAAACAUCAGGAAAUCAUUAGUCUUUUGAAGAAACAUUCCUGCUAUUGUGAAAGAACAGACACGAUGGCUGAACCGAAAAAUCAAAUAGCAACAUCUGAUGAUUGUGAUGUAAAUUGUAGUACAAAACUGAAGUUGUGUAUAUGUGAUUCAGGUUCCAAAACAUCUGAUCCUGAAACAUCAGGUUUAAAUGCAAUGCAACCUUAUAAAAAAUAUUCUGAAGGAAUUGGACAUCUCAGAGAACUAGGGUUAUCUCCAUCAGAGUCAUGUUUAUGUGAAAAUAUAUCGGCCAUGUCAGAAGAAACUAAGAAAAUGCCAAUUUUUGUAAAAGUAACAAUUGAUACAAAUGCUGGUCAUUCCUCUAGAUUUAUAUCAAGCCCUUAUGUAGUGUCGCCAUCUUUAAAUUUUCAUAAUCAAAACAUAAAUAAGUCAGUUGCUUUAGACAACACAAAUAAAGCACUUGUUUUGUAUAAAUAUAAUAAUUUAAAGAAGGCAAAUAAGUGGAAUUUACGUUUUUUUCCAUGGAAGAAAAAGGGAACUAAGUAGGUAUAUAAUUAUGUAUAUUCUAUACCUACCAAUGUUUCAAAAGAUAGAUCGAUCAUGUAGGGUCAUGCAGAAUUUGCUACCAUUAAAUAAUUAAAAAAAAAAAAUGCUAUCAUUUGAUCAAAAAGAAUAAAAAGCAACUUUUUAUAUCCAUAUACAAUAAUUAUAAGAAAAUCUCUACCGAUAUCACCACGUUUUUGUCAGAUCAAAGAUAAGAAAGACAUGGAAGAGAUAAAUAGUAAUUUCAUGAAGAAUAUAACAUAAGUAGGUACCUAGUAUGGAGGCGGUAUGAAGCUUUGCUUUCCUAGGAAAGCGGAACCCUCCAUUGAGUCGGAGUCCGCGUUGUUCUAUGGUGCCCUCAUAUAGCGGUCGUAUAAUCGCAUUCACACCAUAUUGUGUCACUGACAUGUGACACUGAAGUUUUUUGAGUGCUAUAAAACACCCGUGAAGUGUGAAUAA